AUGUAUCUAAUUGACAGGUUGUACUCUGCCGACGACUUGUACACCGUUCGGCAGCGGGAAGACAAGCCCCUUCGAGAGUACGCUGCUCGUUUCAGCCAUGAGUAUUCCAGGUGCCCGAAAACUGAUGACAAGGCGGCCUUCGGCGCCUUCAAGAGUGGCCUUCGGUCCUCACAUUUUUGGUAUUUGGUACACAGUAGCAAUUGGCGUACCUACAACGAGUUGAUGAAACAAGCGACGAUCCAUGCCAAGGCCGAAUACUUCAACUCAAAGGUCGGGCCUUCGGCUCGGCAGGAGGAACCAGUACCACAGAAGUAUUCGGCACAAGAAAAGCCGUACGGCACUAUUGAGAAAAAUGGCGGGUAUCAGGUAGGGCAUAAACGGAAGGAUUCACAUGGAGGUGUUCGGCAGGAACACUACAAGAAAGGAAAGGGGAGAUUCGGCCGCAACGACCACUGUGCGCCACUGCCGAACCACGGCCAAGGGCAAGAAGUCUACACUCUGCUUAACACCUCAUACGAGGCUGUUCUCAUGAACGAGCAGGAGAUUAUACCGAAGCCCGUCAACCGGAAACCUAAUCGGCAGGACAACCGAGACACUAGAAAAUUCUGCCGAUACCAUCAACACAACAGUCACAACACAGAAGACUGCAUAAGCCUACGAAAAAUCGUUGAGCGGUUGAUUCGGGAAGGCAAGUUGGAUCAGUACAUCGCCAGGCCCUAA